CUUCUAGGCACACAGCAUGCUUCACUACUUCCCCUCCGCCCCCUCCAACUUCUCCAAAAUUCACAUCUUUCCACCGCCGCUCUUUUCUCCGGCAGCGACGGCGGCCAUGAGAUGAGGGGCUCCGACCUCAUCAACCUCCUCCUCCCGCAGGACCUCCUGGAGGACGUGCUCCGCCGCGUCGGCACCGACAAGCGCGACCUCGACGCAUGCGCCCUCGUCUGCACCCGCUGGCGCGCCCUCGAGCGCGCCACGCGCCGCUCCGCCAGGCUCCCGGCCUCCGGCGCCCACGCCGACGAGGUCGUGGGCCUCUUCGCGGACCGGUUCCCCGCGCUCGUCGACGUCUCCAUCGACGAGCGCAUCUCGGCUGAUACCGGCGCUGCCGCCGGCGCCGUUCCUAGAUCGCGCCGCCCCGGGAUUAGCACCAACCCAUCUGGGCGCCGUACAAGGAUCUACCGGAUGCCACGCUUUGCAAGGUUUAUAUCCCCGCCCCGAUCCAACCUGACAACCGGUGCUGAUGGGAUACAGAGCACUUGUUUGACUGAUGUUGGCCUAACUAGUCUAGCCAGAGGUUGCAAAGGCCUUGAGAAACUAAGUCUAGUAUGGUGCUCUGCCAUAUCUUCCACAGGCUUGGUGAGAAUAGCAGAGAACUGCAAGAAACUGACUUCUUUGGAUAUCCAGGCUUGCUAUAUUGGAGAUCCAGGACUUGUUGCUAUUGGGGAAGGCUGCAAGUUACUUAACAAUUUGAACCUGCGCUUUGUCGAAGGCGCGACGGAUGAAGGCUUGAUUGGCCUAGUAAAAAACUGUGGACAAUCACUGGUUUCUCUGGGUGUUGCUACUUGUGCUUGGAUGACUGAUGCAUCUUUGCGUGCUGUUGGAUCCCACUGUCCUAACCUUGAGUUCCUGUCUCUGGAAGCAGAACAUGUUAAAAACGAAGGAGUCAUAUCUGUUGCUAAAGGAUGCCGCUUGUUGAAAACUUUGAAGCUGCAAUGCAUUGGUGCUGGUGAUGAGGCCCUAGAAGCUAUUGGUUCAUACUGUUCGUUAUUAGAAAGCUUAUCGCUAAAUAACUUUGAAAGAUUCACAGACAGGAGCCUUUCUUCCAUCGCUAAAGGGUGCAAGAAUCUUACAGAUCUUGCUCUCAAUGAUUGCAUGUUACUAACUGAUAAAAGCCUUGAAUUUGUAGCACGCAGCUGCAAGAAAAUAGCACGUCUAAAGAUCAACGGUUGUCAGAAUAUGGAUACUGCUGCACUGGAGCACAUUGGACGGUGGUGCCCGGGCCUUUUGGAACUCUCUCUGAUUUACUGCCCAAGGGUCCGGGAUAGUGCAUUUCUGGAGCUUGGUAGAGGAUGCUCCCUUCUCCGAUCGCUUUAUUUAGUUGACUGUUCAAAAAUAGGUGAUGAUGCUAUGUGCCAUAUAGCUCAAGGCUGUAAGAACUUGACAGAAAUUUCCAUUCGGCGUGGUUAUGAGAUAGGAGACAAAGCAUUGAUAUCGGUUGCCGAGAAUUGUAAGUCACUUAAAGAGUUAUCGCUACAAUUUUGUGAGAGGGUAUCUGAUGCAGGGCUAGCUGCCAUUGCUGAUGGUUGCUCUCUCGAAAAGUUAAAUUUGUGUGGAUGCCAAUUAAUCACUGAUAAAGGACUGACUUUCAUUGCAAGAGGAUGCCCUGAUAUUCUCUUUCUGGAUAUAAGUGUUCUCCCGCUGAUAGGGGACAUGGGGCUAGCAGAGAUUGGUGAAGGUUGCCCCCAGCUUAAGGACAUUGCACUCUCGCACUGCCCAGGAGCGACCGAUGUUGGUCUGGGACACCUUGUCAGGGGGUGCUUGCAACUGCAGACAUGUCAGUUGGUGUACUGUAAGCGAGUGACCAGCACUGGGGUAGCGACUGUCGUCUCGAGCUGCUCUAGGCUGAAGAAGCUCCUCGUUGAGGAGACGAAGGUCAGCGAGAGGACGCGGCGGAGGGCAGGACCCAUCUUAUCCUUUCUCUGCACUGGGCUUUAGCCUCAAACGAAAAAAAGUUGUGUUGUAUAAAACUUCUUUGUUAUUUAGUUUUUACAAAGCAGCUACACUUCAUACCUUACAGAAUCUUCAGAAAAGUUGUUGUAUGAAACCCAAAAUUGUUGAACCAAAUUAGAUGUUGUAUCAAUUGUAUAACUCAUAGUGGUGAACCAAAUAAAAUUGAACCGGUGAAUUGUUCCCUUGAA